AUGGCUACGCUACAUCCAUUAGCCAGCUCAGUAUCUGCAAAUCCCGUACUUCUGUCGGUUAUUAGCCUGACAACGGACUCUUCAUUUGCAUUUAGCUCCGGGCUGGGUCCACCAGAUAGGGUCUAUGAAGGCGCUAAGAUUCUCACUGAUGCGCUAAAGAUGGUAUUUCCUAACGUAGGUGGUGUGUUCUUGAAGUACCACAUAGAUGGAAAGCUUGUGCUUGUCGGUGACACGCUGCGGACAAGCCUCCAUAGGCAUAUAGAAUCAACGCCCGCGGCUGGUUUGGCUCAGCAGUCACAGUUGCAAGGUUUGCACCUGUCAGAUGAUUCAAACCGGAGAAGUUCGUUGGAGAUGGUACACCGCUACGCGGAAACCAUUGAGAACGUGAAACUCCGCAAAAUAGCCCUAGUGCUCGAAACGAGAGAUGGGUCCCCAGCCAUUUUCAGAAACCUCGACUCCUUCCACACUGCUCAUAGACACAGGCAUUUCAGGAUAGACUCCCCUAGCCUGUCUGGUUCAUCAGACAUCGUUGUUUUCCCGGUCCUACGAAAGCUUGUUUGCAAGAUCAAUCGCCCGUCUCAUGACGAUGUUGUAUUCUGUGGCAAUUCACGGAUAUUGGAGCACGUAGAUGUCGAGACGGACCCAACACUCGCUCAUAUCUUCGACUACAUUGAGCUUAUGCGGCUCGCCCGACUGACCUUUUCGGCAGAACAUAAUGUUGAGCAGGACAAGUUCAGAGCGUCCAUGAUAAGCUCUCACGGAUUAGGUUGCUAUUCUGCAACCGCUUGCUGUGAAAAUACCCACAGAGUACUGUUAGGGAAUUCGGUAUGCCUACACGCUAAGCAAUAG